CAGCACGUCCUGACCUCUCGCGAGCGCAGGAAAUUGGAGCAGCGACAAACUCUGGCUGUAAAUUUUGUUUUAACUCUUUUUUCCCUGUAUUAAUUGUUGUUUUUCGACCUCAAACCGGCUGACGAAAGACUUUUCUCGCGGAUAGUGUCAUUUAAAGGGCGUUUUGUGCUUUUAAAGUGGUCGAUUUGUACUUUUAUCCCGGUGUUUUUCCUCAUGGAUCAGAUGGUGACGCGUCAGAAUAAUUGACACUAAUAAACGUGUUCCAUUAAUUUAUAUUUUAAUAGUACAACACGUCAUUAAACGUUGGCUUUACAUGUUUAUUUAAAGGCUAAAAUUAUUUUAUUUCUGCGCUUGCAUGAGGAUAGUUUAGAUUACUCUUACUUUAGCUGCUAAUGCUAACUAGCGCAGGCCGCUAUUGGAGUUUAUUUAUAUAUGUGUAUUUUGGUAUUUAUAUGAUUUACAUGUGUAUUUGAGUGUAUGAAUGGCAGUGAGAAUCUGACAGAAGUCUUUGAUUGAUCAGUGAUGUAUUCUCCAUCAAUUAAGACUCAGAUCUUUAGUGAUGAGUGAUGUUUCUCACUCAUAAUAAAGGCCUCGUUUAUAUUCUUUAUUUUUUUUUGGCUUGUUCUUCGUCAGAUAAUUUUUGUUUAAAGUGAUUCGUGACUCAUUUUACUCAUGUCGUAAAGUUUAAUGGCUUGACGAACAAUUUGCGUCGUAGUUGAUCUUUUAAAUGUGUUGACUGUGAUUGAACUGGAUGCAAUAGAGAAGAGGAGAAGCAAACCCUGCUGAGAAUCAAGAUGAUGUGCGAGGUGAUGCCCACCAUCAGUGAGGCGGAGGUCGGCAGUAAUGGAGGCGCUCUGGGCUCCGGCUCUCCCGUGCAGACGGACUCUGAAGGCCACUUUGAAUCUCUGAUGGUGUCUAUGCUAGAGGAGAGAGAUCGACUGCUGGACACGCUCAGAGAGACACAGGAGAACCUGUGUGUGACGCAGAGCAAACUGCACGAGAUCAGCCAUGAGAGAGACUCACUGCAGAGACAGCUCAACAGCGCACUUCCACAGGAAUUUGCUGCUCUUACAAAAGAAGUGAAUAUGUGUCGAGAGCAGCUGCUGGAACGAGAGGAGGAGAUUGCAGAGCUGAAAGCAGAAAGAAACAACACGCGUUUGUUGCUGGAGCAUCUGGAGUGUCUGGUGUCACGUCAUGAGCGUUCUCUGAGAAUGACUGUAGUCAAGCGUCAGGCUCAGUCUCCCGCCGGUGUCUCCAGUGAGGUGGAGGUGCUCAAAGCGCUCAAAUCUCUCUUUGAGCACCAUAAAGCCCUGGAUGAAAAGGUGAGAGAGCGUCUGCGUGUGGCUCUGGAGCGAUGCAGCAUGCUGGAGGAACAGCUCACGGCUGCUCAUAAAGAGCUGACGUUUCUCAAGGAGCAGAACAGUCAGAAAAAAGUGAUGAUUGAUGGAUCAGCAGAAGUGAAUCAUAGCUCUGAUGCAGCACCAAACACUAAUGGCAAGCAGCGCUUGUCAGACGUCUCUAUGGGGGCAGAGGAGGAUUGUGGGAAGGACGGGGAGCUGCAGGAGGCGAUGGAGAGACAGAGUAAAGAGCUCUUACACCUGAAGGAGCGUGUGGCAUCUCUCAGCAGCCGUGUCACUGAGCUGGAGGAGGAUCUGGACACGGCCCGCAAAGAUCUUAUCAAGUCUGAGGACAUCAACAGCCGCCUGCAGAGAGACUUACGGGAGUCUCUGGCUCAGAAAGAAGACAUGGAGGAGAGAAUCACCACUUUAGAAAAGCGUUACCUGGCAGCUCAGCGAGAAGCCACGUCUGUCCACGACCUCAAUGACAAACUAGAGAAUGAGAUCGCCAACAAGGACUCCCUAGUCUGCCAGAUGGAGGAGAAGAGUCGGCAGCUGCAGGAGCGGCUGGAGCUUGCGGAGCAGAAGCUGCAGCAGACCAUGCGUAAGGCCGAGACGCUGCCAGAGGUGGAGGCAGAGCUGGCACAGAGGGUAGUGGCCCUCACUAAGCGUUCUGCAUGCAGUGUCUCUCAGGAUGGUCGCUCACAGAUGAAGGCAGAGGAGCGUCAUGGGAACGUGGAGGAGCGUCUCAGACAGAUGGAAGCUCAGCUGGAGGAGAAGAACCAGGAGCUGCUGAGGGCCCGUCAGCGAGAGAAGAUGAACGAAGAGCACAACAAACGUCUGUCCGAGACUGUGGACAAACUGCUGUCUGAAUCUAACGAGAGGCUGCAGCUGCACCUGAAGGAGCGCAUGUCUGCGUUAGAGGACAAGAACGCUCUGAUCCGAGAUCUGGAGCACACCAAGAAGCUGAUAGAAGAGGCUCAUCAUGAGAAGGAGCAGCUGCUCAUCCAGAUCGAGACCAUGAGAACAGAACACGAGCGCGGCCGCAGCAGGAGCAACUCUUUGCUGCAUCAUGGACGUUCUCAUGUAAGCGGCACGCCAGAUUUUAGGUACCCGGUGUCCGUGUCGUCAGCGAUGGACAGUCACUACAGCGGUGCGCUGGUCCUCAGGCGACCACAGAAGGGCCGCAUGUCUGCGCUGCGAGACGAGCCUUCAAAGGUGCAGACGCUGGAUGAGCAGGACUGGGAUCGGCUGCAGCAGGCUAAUGUUCUGGCUAACGUGGCUCAUGCGUUUGAGAGUGACAUGGACAUGUCAGACAUGGAGGACGAUAGAGAGACAGUCUUCAGCUCCAUGGACCUCCUGUCUCCUGCUGGACAGGCAGACGCUCAGACUCUCGCCCUGAUGUUGCAGGAGCAGCUGGAUGCCAUUAACAAUGAGAUACGGAUGAUCCAGGAGGAAAAGGAGAGCACAGCAAUGAGAGCCGAGGAGAUUGAGAGCCGUGUGGGCAGCGGAGAUGAUCUGGGCAGCCGCUUCCGCUCCAUGACGUCCCUCCCGCCCUCGUUCCACAGCUCUUCACACGCUGAGUCCUCGCCGCCUGGAUCGGGUCACUCCACACCCCGCCGGCCGUCCCGCAGCCCCAGCCGAGAGCUAGAUCGCAUGGGGGUCAUGACCCUGCCUAGCGAUUUGCGGAAGCAUCGUAGGAAGUGCGCACAAGAUGACAAAGCCACAAUCAGAUGUGAGACGUCUCCCCCAUCCACCCCGUCCUCCAUGAGACUCCAUAAAGGAGCACUGCACACUGCCAGCCAUGAGGACAUCAGAGACGUACGGGGCACUGGGCUGCAGGAUGGAGCAGGCAGCAAUCCCAGCAGCAGCAACAGCAGUCAGGACUCACUCAACAAAGGGGCCAAGAAGAAAAGCAUCAAGUCCUCCAUUGGCAGGCUGUUCGCAAAGAAAGAGAAGGGUCGACCCAGUCCGGUGGGAAAAGAGUCUCCUGGGCCAGCACUGGCAGGUACGCCUGAUGGAGGAAGCACACAGGAUGGCAUGACGCUCGGAAAACUGGGCGGUCCUGCAGAGAAGAACCGAAAACUGCAGAAGAACCCAAAGUCAGGACACGAAUUACUGGAGGAGGCCUGUCGGCAGGGUCUGCCCUUCGCUCAGUGGGAUGGACCAACUGUGGUGGUGUGGCUUGAGCUGUGGGUUGGGAUGCCUGCAUGGUAUGUAGCAGCGUGCCGUGCCAAUGUGAAGAGCGGUGCCAUUAUGUCUGCCUUGUCUGACACAGAGAUUCAGCGUGAGAUUGGAAUCAGCAACCCUCUUCACCGCCUCAAACUACGCCUAGCUAUUCAGGAGAUCAUGUCGCUCACCAGCCCGUCAGCUCCACCUACCUCCAGAACGUCUUCUGGAAAUGUCUGGCUCACACAUGAGGAGAUGGAGAGUUUGGCUGCCACGCCACCCACGGAGGAUGAGGAGGGCAGCUGGGCCCAGACUCUGGCCUACGGUGACAUGAACCAUGAAUGGAUCGGUAAUGACUGGCUGCCCAGCCUCGGUUUACCUCAGUACCGCAGCUACUUCAUGGAGUCGCUGGUUGAUGCUCGAAUGCUGGAUCAUCUGACCAAAAAAGACCUCCGCAGUCAGCUCAAAAUGGUGGACAGCUUCCACAGGAACAGUUUUCAGUGUGGCGUAAUGUGUUUGAGACGAUUAAACUAUGACAGAAAAGAGCUUGAGCGGAGACGUGAGGAGUCACAAGUUGAAGUGAAAGAUGUGCUGGUGUGGACAAACGAGCGUGUGGUCAGCUGGGUUCAGGCCAUUGGGCUGAAGGAGUAUGCAGGUAAUCUUCUGGAGAGCGGCGUUCACGGGGCACUCAUCGCUUUGGACGAGUCCUUUGACCACAAUGCCUUGGCUCUGCUGCUACAGAUCCCUACGCAAUGCACACAGGCAAGGGCAUUACUGGAGAAUGAGUACGGGUGCCUGUUAGCGACGGGAACUGAGAGGAGACUAGAGGAGGACGAUGACAAGAAUUUCCGCCGAGCGCCAUCCUGGCGGAAGAAGUUCCGUCCCAAAGACGUACGUGGACUAAGUGUGAGCUCCGCUGACACACUGCCCCCCAGCUUCAGGGUGAGCGCUGGCGACGCUUCCUCCGCUGCCCUGCUGGCCAAGAAACCGCAGCUAGAUGGAAACGCGAGUGUUCAGCGUCUGGAUUCAGCCACAAUCAGAACCUACUCCUGCUGAUCUGACUCAGGUGAAGCAGAAGCAGACGAGCCCCCAUCAGGCUGGAGUUUCAGAGAAUGAGCAUUGGUUUGGCUUCUCCUGUUACAGACCGGUGAUCCCAUCAGAACUCUGUCCCACCAGCAGAAACUUUAGAUUUGAUGCCUCUAUGUAAAGCAGAGGGAUGUUCACUAAUUUAGCAGUGUCUCAUAUCGACUUUUGCUUUUUUGGUCAAUUUUUUUGUCAAUUCUCGCGUCCUAAUCCAGUUCAACUCUUUUAGAUGUAAUUUAUGUAUCACGAGUCCAAAGUUUGUACAUUUCCGUCUAUAGACGUAAUCUCAUUUUUAUCAUUCUCAAUGAGUAUUUUUAUCCUCUCAGCUACUUAUUCCUUGUUUUAAUUCAUCCAGCUAAAAGUACUGUGUGAUUUAUCUUAACUUUGCUAUUCUUGUAAUCUUUUCCCCUGUUGAUUCUGAGAAAGUGGCCUGAAUCAAUGGUAUUGUGUGAAUAUCGGGGUUGGUACGUGUUUUAUAUCCUCUGAUACCAAAAUCAAACCCUUGGAUAAGCCAUAAUUUGUAAUAAUUAUGAGGGCUAUUUUGAAUACAUCUUUCUACAGAUGUGA